GCGCGAAGGGCCUUGAGGGCCUUGAAAGCUUUGGUACGGCUGCAAGCUAUUGUCCGUGGGCGGCUCGUGAGGAAGCAAGCGGCCGUGACAUUAAGGUGCAUGCAGGCCCUUGUUCGGGCUCAAGCCCGUGUUCGGGCUCAAUGUGGCCAAUCAUCUGCAGGAGGGGACUUUGAAAGUCUAAAUCAAGUCGACCCUGUUAAGAAGGCUGAGAGUGGAUGGUGUGAUAGCCGUGGCACGGUCGAGCAAGUGAUGUCCAAGUUACAGUUGAAGCAAGAUGGAGCUCUCAAGAGGGAGAGAGCCAUUGCCUAUGCCCUUGCCCAACAG